UCCUGUGCUGCCAUGGCCACACUGGGUGACAUGUACAUCCACCUGCAGAGGGCCAUGGACAGUGAGGUGGAGGGGACGGCACGCGUGCUGCUGCACAAAGCCAGCGAGGCCAACACCUUCAUCCGGCAGGGAGCCAACUUUGCCCUGGGUCACAUGGUGCAGAGCUGCACCCCUACCCGUGUCAUGAAUGCCCUGCUGGUCGGUGGGCUGAGCCACCGUAACGCUGCGGUGAGGAGCUGCACUGCUCAGCACCUGGAGAGACUGGCUGAGGUCAUGGGGAUGGCUCGUCUCCUGUCGGGGAAGAAAGACCUCACUGACCGUUUCUUGAUUGCCGUCAGUAAACUGGCUGUGGACCCUGCACAGGAAGCCAGGCAUCAUGGUCGCAAUAUCUUGAGAAACCUGGCGACCAAUGGCGACUUUGCUAAAAUGUGGGAUAAAUUCGCUCCGAGGAAAGAGCGAGAAUCCUUGAGGGAGGUCAUCUCAAAGGUUAACCUCAAAGAAAGGUACAUUCUCUCUGGAUGAUUAGAAGAAGUGUGACAAAUGAGCUGAUAUGAUUACAGAAAUCCAAUCUCACUGGGCACAGACAUCAGUUCAAUGUCUAGUUUUGAUUUAAAUUUGGGAAAUCAAACAAAAUGUGAAAUCAACCAAAAAUGUUGGUUAAAAGUUGGGUGAAAAAAAUCCAAUUGUGUUUUCCACGUUGAUUCACCAUCAUCACAUAGAUUUUUUUGUUGUUGAAAUGAGGUGGAAACAACGUUUAUUCAACCAGUUUUGGCCCAAUGGGAUUAAAAUUAAUAUACUGUAAAAUGAUAUCUUUCUGUCUUUUCUCUUUUUCAACAGGAAUAUCUGAAUAAUCUCCAACUUGACUAUAUAUUUGAUUCUAAAUAUUUGCACGUUUCCCAACUUGACUAUUAUCCCCUCCCCAAACUCCAAUAUUUUCGCUCAUUCUAAGAAAUUUGACACUAUCAUCCAAACCCCCAUGUAAAUGCAUCUUUAAACUGCAUUGACUCCUUGUCCAAGUCCUGAAUCCACUAUAAGGCAAUAUGAACCACAUUCAAAGUACUAAAUGACCUUUCCUCGAAGCUCCUAUCUGAUCUACCAGCUCAAUAGUGGUCUACUGAAACCAUACUCACCAUCUCAGGGGGUGCUCAGAUCAUCAACCACUGACCUCCACACCAUCUUCAAAACCAACAGUUCUCUUUUGGAGGCAGAUUGGUCAGUGCUCCUGUAUGGCACCAACAUUGUAGAUUUUCAUCCAAUACUUCUGGACUUUGAGAACAUUCUUUGGACAAUAAAAUUAGGUAAAUUAGAAGCUGGCUACAGUCUCAGUUUUAUCCUCCAAGACAGUGUGCAGAAUGUGUAACAACAAUACCUGUGGUUUAACUUGAUAAUCAGGGCCAGAUUACCGAAUGGUCACGCAGGGCACCUGCCCUGUGGGCCCCAACCUCCAGGGAAUAUCAUCAUAACAUCCAAAACUAAAAGUAUAGUGGAUGUAUAUUACAGUACGUGGACGUUUUACAAUUCGUGAGCUCGUUUCAUAGUUUGUAGCCAUGUUUUAUAUACAUUUUUGCUUAUUUUGUAGAAAUUCGUGAGCAUUUAAAAAGAUUUAGUGGGGAUGUUCUAUAUCAAUUUUCUUGCUUGUGCUCUUCCAUGCUGUCCCUAGGAGGGGUGCGUCACUUGAGUGGGUUGAGUCACUGACGUGAUCUUCCUGUCUGGGUUGGCGCCCCCCUUGGGUUGUGCCGUGGCGGAGAUCUUUGUGGGCUAUACUCAGCCUUGUCUCAGGAUGGUAAAAUGGUGGUUGAAGACAUCCCUCUUGUGCUGUGGGGGCUGUGAUUUGGCAAAGUGAGUAAGAUUAUAUCCUGCCUGUUUGGCCAUGUCCGGAGGUAUCGUCGGAUGGGGCCACAGUGUGUCCCGACCUCUCCUGUCUCAGCCUCCAGUAUUUAUGCUUCAUUAGUUUACGUGUCGGGGGGGCUAGAGCCAGUCUGUUAUAUCUGGAGUAUUUAUCCUGUCUUAUCCAGUGUCCUGUGUGAAUUUAAGUAUGCUCUCUCUAAUUCUCUCGUUCUCACUUUCUCUCGUUUUCUCUCUUUCUUUCUCUCUCUCUCUCUCGGAGGACAUGAGCCCUAGGACCAUGCCUCAGGACUACCUGGCCUGAUGACUCCUUGCUGUCCCCAGUCCACCUGGCUGUGCUGCUGCUCCAGUUUCAACUGUUCUGCCUGCGGCUAUGGAACCCUGACCUGUUCACCGGACGUGCUCCCUGUCCCAGACCUGCUGUUUUCAACUCUCUAGAGACAGCAGGAGCGGUAGAGAUAAUCUGAAUGAUCGGCUAUGAAAAGCCAACUGACAUUUACUCCUGAGAUGCUGACCUGUUGCACCCUCGACAACCACUGUGAUUAUUAUUAUUUGGCCCUGCUGGUCAUCUAUGAACAUUUGAACAUCUUGGCCAUGUUCUAUCAUAAUCUCCACCCGGCACAGCCAGAAGAGGACUGGCCACCCCUCAUAGCCUAGUUCCUCUCUAUGUUUCUUUCUAGGUUCUGGCCUUUUCUAGGAAGUUUUUCUUAGCCACCGUUUUUCUACACCUGCAUUGCUUGCUG